AUGUUAUUCCCCAGUGUCGCCGUCUCAGCCUGUACAGACGCCCUGAUUGAGGCUCCUUUCCUUCCAGGUGCCGAGAUCCUCUCUCUGGACGCAUCGCCAGUCCUUAAUUACACGCAGACUGCCUCGUCCGCAUUCAACUUUAACCAUCCCACAAUUCAGGCAACUGGCGUCGACUUCUACAAUGUCACCAUCACCUAUACGCACCCGGGUCAGGGAGACGAGUCCGUCGGUGGAGGGAGUUACGUCACUGGCCGCUUCUUCAUCUCCUAUCAGACGAUGACUGGCGCCAUUGCCGAGGGCUAUGUCACGUCCAGCAAAUCUUGA